AUGAAGCGCCCUUCCGCCGACCACGACGCCAAAGACAGUUCCAAAGUGCCGCGCAGCUGCGCGCCGCUGCCGACGCCCACGGCAGACGCCCAGCAGUUGGCGCGGCUCCUGGAGGUCAUCGAGUCAGAGGUCUUGCCGAAGACGGCGCAGGGGGUGAAGGAGGGCAACAAAGUCUUUGGCGCCGCGGUGCUGCGCGAUGUGGAGGGCUAUCCCACCCUCAUCGCUGAGACGAACCACGAGAUCCUUUGUCCCCUGUACCAUGGCGAGGUGUACACCAUCAAGAAGCUCAGUGAUCUGCCGCCUGAGCAGCGUGGCAAGCCUGAGGAGAGCCUCUUCCUGAGCACACACGAGCCAUGCUGCAUGUGUGUUUCCGCCAUCGUUUGGGCCGGAUACAAGAAGAUCAUCUACCUGUUUCCCUAUGAAUCCACCAGAGAUCAAGGGAUCCCGCACGAUCUGCAGAUUAUGCACGAGCUUUGGGCAGUGGAGCGGUACCAGGCUUGCAACAAGUUCUGCGCCUCCGCAGGCAUCCCAGAUCUCAUUGAAGCUUUGCCAGAGAAGGCACGGGCUCCAUUGAAGGAGCAGGUGGCGCGGAUCACGGCCAGGUACGCGGAGCUCUCGCAGAAAUACCAUCAGGAGAAGUCGGCGAACUCGGAGAACACCUUGGCCUUCAACUGA